UGUUUUGAACUACGAAGUAAUUUUAAAUUCAAAGUCAUUAUUGGAGACGGAAAUGACAUUGACGAUCUCAAGAAAGCUAUUAAGGAAGAACAAAAACCAUGCUUUGAUAUUUUUGCUCCUAGUGCGCUUACACUAUGGAGAGUUAACGCAUCUCAAAUUACUUCUGAAAUAUUAAAUGAAGAAUUAGAAGAUGCAGCACAAAAAAUUGGAGAAGCUUUUCAUGACGUUCAAGGAAACAACGUUCGAGUUGUAGUUAGAACUCCCAAUACUGAAAUAGAAGAAUUAAGAGCAGAGCUGGCAGCGUUUCGUGUAAAACAUAGUUAUAAGCUUGAUUAUAGUAAGUGUACUAUCUUAUCUAUAAGUGAUCACCCAACCAUUGACAUCUCAUUUACUCCAGUCGAAGAACUUGAUCUUUUGGUUCCACUCUCAGAGACGAAAUUUAAACAGCUAAAGCGCGAAAAAGAAUACAAGGAAACUGUUAAUCUUGGUCUUAAAGCAAACCCUCCUUUGACUAGUGCUAAGCCUUCUAACUUCUUCUCAAAUCAACAAGAAAAUCCAAUCCUUAAUGACUUUAGGAAUACAGAUUUGGUAGUGCUUUCCGAUAUUAUAGAGUGGGUCGUAGAUAUUAUUUCUGCAGAAACAGAUAGAUAUACCAUCAAAGACGAACGUUGUAAGAGCGAUGGAAUACUUACGACUAAAGUAGGCAUUCACAAUGCUAUUAUGGAGAUAUUCGAAGGAAAAAAUGAAGUUGGAUCUGAUGGAACUGAUCCCAGUAUUCAAGAAGCAAUAUAUUACCGAGAUUAUUGGUCUCAGUCAUCAUUUUGUAUUUUUGGAGGUGUUUUCCUUAACAGGAUAGUAGUUCAGCCGCUAACAGAUUCCAUUAUUCUUACAAUUGACCUACAAAAUAAAGACCAAGACAGCGGUAUUUUCCCUAUCUUCGAAGUUUUCCAAUCAACGGAAAAUACUCUUGGCGGAUAUAAGAUGAUUAUUAUGGAAUAUUUCAGCACCUCACUGAAUAAGAAAUUUGAUAAAAUCGAGAUUUUGCAUCAAAAUUCUAUUUAUGACGAUAUAAAAUUUGCUAUUAAUUUGCUAUAUGAAAAUAACUAUGUGUUUGCUGAUCUUCGUCCUCCAAAUAUUCUGGUGUAUAAUCAGCAUGAAACGCAACGAGCAAUAUUAAUAGACUUUGAUUGGUGUGGACGGUAUGGAAUAGACAAAUACCCACCAUCAUUGAAUAUGUUGAUACAGUAG